CUCACGGCUCCCCUCUGGCGGGUGUGAGGAGCUGGCCCGCCGAGCUGCUGGUGGGCACCGGCUGGUGGGGGGACCUGCGACCGUCCUCCUCGCUCUCCCGCUGUUUCCCGGCACCCUGUCUCCUGGGCGCGCCCGCUCUACUCCGGCCCGGGUGGGGGCGAUCGGCUCUCCUGUCCUGGCCUCACACGCUCCCCGCCGCCCCCUCCUCCCCCUGCUGGAGUUGUCCCGGCUGGAGCGUGUCUGGAGGAAUCUGCCGCCGCGAGGCCCCUCGCUCGGUCCUGCUCGUCCCUGAGGACCGCCCCGGUCGCCGCCGGGCGCUGAGCGGGCAGCCGGCGGCGAGGUGGGAGAUGGUGGGGUGGGCUCCGGCAGGACCGCGCCGCCGCCGCCCGGAGCCUGGGCUCGGCACCCUCCCGCCGGCCCCCACCGAACGGAGCUCAGCUUCCUCCUCGCCGCAUCCCUGAGGGAAGCGCCGCCUCUGCUCCCGGGUUCUCCACCCGCCCGCUCCUUCCUGGCCGGACCCCGCCGUGCUCCACCCUGGUGGCGGGAGGAGCAGCUCUCCAGUCAGCCUUCGCAGCCCCUCUCCUCUUUUUCCUUUCCACCCACCCUCCCUGGCCUCCUCGGAUCCCUUGGCUGGGCGCUGAGGCGGAGGAAGAGGCUGGGGUCGCCACGGCGGAGGUUGUUGCCGCCACCCCCCUGCGGGGGUGGCCGGGGUUCCCGGCUGGGGGGGCACCGUUCCGGGUGAGGCGUCCACCAUGGUGAGGCCCCUGAGCCGCUGCCCCCGCGCCCCCCCGGCCGCCGCUGCCUCCUGCCCCUCGGUGCUGCUGCUGCUGCUGCUCCCCCGCCUGCUCUUGCUCCUCCAUCUCCAGAUCGGAUCGCGGUGAGGGAAAGAUGAGCGAGGAGACGGCGACUUCUGACAACGAUAAUAGUUAUGCACGAGUGCGAGCUGUGGUGAUGACCCGGGAUGACUCAAGUGGUGGAUGGUUACCACUUGGAGGGAGUGGACUAAGCUGCGUCACUGUCUUCAAAGUCCCUCACCAGGAAGAGAAUGGCUGCGCUGACUUUUUUAUCCGUGGAGAGCGACUCAGGGACAAAAUGGUGGUUUUGGAAUGUAUGCUUAAAAAAGACCUCAUUUACAAUAAGGUCACCCCAACAUUUCACCACUGGAAGAUUGAUGAUAAGAAAUUUGGCCUUACCUUUCAAAGUCCUGCUGAUGCUAGGGCUUUUGAUAGAGGCAUUCGAAGAGCUAUAGAGGAUAUUUCUCAAGGAUGCCCAACAUUUAAAAAUGAAGCUGAAGGAGUAGAAGAUGACUUACAAGCAACUGAAGAGGAUACUUCCAGUUCUCUAGUGAAAGAUCAUCUUUUCCAGCAAGAGACAGUUGUUACCAGUGAGCCUUAUAGAAUCUCAAGACCUUCUGCCUUUGAAGGUCUGGAUGCCAGAAGAGUCUACUUACAAAGUCAAGCCAGUCAGAUAACAUUCAGUCAUCCGGGCCUAGACAUUCAGGGCAGAAGUAUAGAAUAUGUACAACGGCAAAUAUCCAAGGAAUGUGGAAGCCUAAAGUCCCAAAAUAGGGUCCCUUUGAAAUCAAUCCGACAUGUCAGCUUUCAAGAUGAGGAUGAGAUUGUCAGGAUAAACCCUCGAGAUAUCUUAAUACGUCGUUAUGCAGACUACAGACAUCCUGACAUGUGGAAAAAUGACUUAGAGAGAGAUGAUACUGAUUCCAGUAUUCAAUUUUCUAAACCAGACAGUAAAAAAUCAGACUAUCUGUACUCUUGUGGGGAUGAGACUAAGUUAAGUUCACUCAAAGACUCUGUGGUAUUUAAGGCACAGCCUUCCUCAUUAAAAUUUAAGAAGUCAAAACGAAGAAAAGAAGAUGGUGAACGUUCCCGCUGCGUAUACUGCCAGGAAAGGUUUAAUCAUGAAGAAAAUGGCAGGGGAAAAUGUCAGGAUGCUCCAGACCCUAUUAAAAGAUGCAUAUAUCAAGUUAGUUGCAUGCUCUGUGCAGAGAGCAUGUUAUAUCAUUGUAUGUCAGACUCAGAGGGAGAUUUUUCUGAUCCCUGUUCAUGUGACACUAGUGAUGACAAGUUCUGCUUACGAUGGUUAGCCCUAGUAGCUUUGUCUUUCAUUGUACCAUGUAUGUGCUGCUAUGUCCCUUUGAGAAUGUGCCAUCGUUGUGGUGAGGCGUGUGGGUGCUGUGGCGGGAAACAUAAAGCUGCUGGAUGAAAGGAUCCAGUGCCAAAAUGAGCUUAAAAUCUUUGUUUCCAGGAAUUAGCUAACUUGGAUUUAUGGAAACUUUUGGCAAGCAAUAUGAAAUCUUGCCUGGUAAUCAUUGGGGCCACACGUGGAGGAAGCAGAACUUGUCAGUUCUUGGCAUUUCACAAAUGCUAGCCAUGCCUAACUUUUUCCCUUGAGUGCAUGGCAUGUUUUGUUACAGGUUGUAAAGAGUAUCUGCAAAAGGAAACUAUUUCUGGUUAUUGGGUAUAAAAAGUGAGCAUAAAGUAUCCAACUAAAAGGGAUUAAUUUUUGGCAUUUUUGUAUAUUUAUGCAUUAGGUGAUGGGACUUUUAAAGGUUUGAAUUCAUUAAGACAUGAACUAAAAAUGCACUAGGGGACAGUUGAUUUCAAUCUAAGAAAAGUUAACACUUGGGAAUUGUAAGAAGUAAAACAAGUACAACUAAAUCAUUUAUUAGUUGUUUUUUGAAAGCAGUUUUAUGUAUAAAUAACAAAUGUUUAUAUUUAACUAAAUAUAAGGUACGAAUUAUCACAUAUUAAACUUUUCUUCCCCUUCCUAGUUCUGAAGUAGAUGUACAUAUAUCUACUGUCACAUUCCAUUAUAUUUUGAAUAUUUUACUCAUCUAGUUAAUAACGUUUUUAUUCCAUGUGAAUGAUUUGAUAUUUUCAUCCUCAUUUCCCUUGGCUACAGUUUAUAUUGAGUUAUAUCUGUACAUUCUGGUAAUCUAAAAUCUUUAAAAAUAUUCUAAUAGGCUUGAGUGACCAAUUUUUUUUUAAAGCACAGAUGUAAUUGUCUAAUGUUCUGAUGGGAACGUAACACUUAUUUUUAUAUAAAAAGAGACUGAGUAAACAUUAUAGAAAAAAGUGAGUUUUGGGAUUGUUUUGUUUUGUUGUGGUAUUCAACCAGCAAGUUGUUUUCUUUCAGAGUUUUCCUCCUUCAAAAAAUCAUAUUGCAUUUACAAAUGUUUUACAAGGCAAAAAGUGUAACUGGAUAGUUAAUAUAAAAGUUUCCUCCUGAGAUCUCCACUUAACUCUGCUAAACUAGAAUAUGUUCAGCUGUGUUACUAAUUUUUUAACUUAAUUCUCAUUGCUUAUUAUUUGCGUAAGAGUAACUUUUCCCAGUUGCAUUUUAUUUUAUUUAAACUGGCCUAAAAGCAAAAUUAUUAUAUGUUAAAGUAUAUACUGAACUAUCCCAGGAAAGUAUUUAAUCCAACAUUGUGAAUGAAAUAUCUUGUACAUAUAAUUUUAUUUCUUUUGCAGAGCAUUGUAUUACUGGAUGUUUUAUUUACAAAGUAGUUGGAUAAAUGUUCCAACAAAUUGUUGAAAGUGGUUGGGGUCAAUUUGUCUGGGUUUUUUGGGUUUUGUUUUUGGUGGGUUUUUUUUGUUUGGUUUGGUUUCAUUUCGUUUUUUUUGUUUGUUUGUUUGUUUUUUUGGGUUUUUUUGGUCUUUUUAAGUGUUACAUUAAAACUCUAACAAAGUAAAGGGUUCUUUAAGAACAUUCCCUUAGAGGGAUAGAGUUGAGAAGUGUGCCUUUUUUUUAAUGGCUUGAAGUUUCAGAAGUGAUAGAAAUUAAAAUCACACUACCAUUUGAAGCUCAUUUCUAUGCAGGUUUUAAAAUGUCAUUUAUGUAUCAUUCUUUUUACAUAUCACACUUAAGCUUGUGUUCACUUUCUUCUUUUGCCCCAGAUCAAACUGAACAAUGUAUAUAACACUAUCUGUCUGUAAAAUACUUUUUUUUAAGAAAGCAUUUAUAUUUAUAUGACAGCUUGAACUGACAACAUUGUGUAUAUAGAUCAUCUUGAAGUAUUAUUUCACAUUGAAAAGAAGAAAAAUAUAUUGAUAACUAUAGAUGUUAUGAAGAAGAGGUUAUUUCUAGUUUUGUACUAAAAAUCAAUUGGAUGAACUAAAUCCAAAAUAUGACACUGUAGCAGCCGUUUUAAGACUUAUUUUUACUGUUUAUAUAUUUGAACACUGCUACACCAGAUGAUCUUCAUCCCUGAAGUUUUCAGCUAAACUUGGUUUCCUAGAAUAGACUGUUAACUUUCAAAAUUACUUUUUAUUGGUGAAAUGGAAAUACUCGUUUUCCUUGUGAAUGAAUUUUCAUAUUUGUAAGUGCUGAAUUUAUAAUUCAGGUUUGAGCAAGGUGUGAAUAACUGAAGAAAAUAACUUGCUGGCUAUAUAGGAAAAUGCUGUGGAAAUGAACUGUGUAUAUACUUCUGGGAAGAACAAUUUUAAUCAUUUCUUCUGUUAAGCACUAAUCAGUAUAGUGCAACUCCUGGUUCUGUACUGUAUUUUAUAUGCAACAUAUAUGCUUUAAUAUUUUAAUGUCUGUGCAUUAAUAUUUUCAACUUGUUUAACCACUUUGCUGCUAAGAUUUCGCCAUCCCAUUCCCAUUUUUUCCUUUACCAUUUUAAACAAGUUUCUUCAUUAAAAACUAUGGUGAUGAAAUGGUUUUUAUUUCCCCUUGGAUUUUCAUAGUUAACACACUCAGAUUCCAAACUGGUCAGAAAACUAACGAAAUAUAGUGCUAUCUGAAUCCCUAUGUGGGAAUAUUCUCUUGAGUAAAUUCUCAUUAUGUGGGGGGUAAAAAGGAUAGUCUGAGUUUCUCAUUCUUGACGUGUAUCGGUAAGUUCAGGAACAUCUUCUCCUUCUGCCUACAGACCUGGUACUGCCAAAUGGCUUUUCCUCGGAAACCUUUCUCUUUGAAUCUGGUAGUAGAAGCAAAUGGCUUCAUAGAACAACUCAAGUAACAGUAAACACUGAAAAUGAAAUCAUCUGGAUGGCAUAAUAAGAAAGACUUUGGUCUGAUGGCUUGUUGUGUUCAGAGUUGAUAACUCUUAAAUGAUUUUUCUCCUGCCUUGACAGGAUAAUCCUUUGAUUUUUGAAGAAAUAGGAGGUAUGGGACUUCAGCACCACCUACUGGAUGAUUUAUAGACCAGAGACCUGAGGUGGCAAUCAGGAUCUGACAGGGUUCAUCACUACUACCAAUAAAAAAGGGCUAUUUAAGCAGUGGCCACCUCCAAAGGGAGAAAACAAGAGUAAGAAAUAGCUCAAAGGAACUGUAAAUUGAAUCUUUCCUCUAAUGUGUCUGGUUGGUCACUGAAAGAUUUUAAGCACUUUUUUCUUACAUAACCUGUCUUAAAAUAUUUACUGAUAUUCAGAACUGGCAAUCAAACAUAAUGGAUGUGCCAAAGCAUUUGCAAAACCAAUUCUUUUAACUUGCAAAAGCCAUUACCAAAAUGGUAUUCUAAUUUUCCUCCCAUUACCAGUCAGGGAGAGUUUUUUUAAAGAAAAUGAUGUCACCUGUAUUUCAUCAUGAUAACUUCAGAGAGUGUGUGUAUGUCUCUGGGAUGAUGUUGGGACAGGGGUUAAAGUUUAGGGGGGGAAACUUGAAACUACCUAUUUUCAUUGGUUAUUCAGCAGUGCCUAAAAUGAACUUUUGAAGUAAUAUAAAUGCACUUUCAACUCAUGUGUAUAGUGCCAUCUGAUAUGUUGGGUAAGUCUUUCUUUUUCUUUUUUCUCUCCAACCCCUUGAUUGAAUGCCACAGAGAUGUUUUCUAAUAUCCGUGUAGGUCUUCAAAGUACAGGAAACACGUACUUUCCUCUAGAUGGGCAAUUCAAAGGCUGUUUCUUUUUUUUGAAAUUUACUUAGACUUUGUGAUUACACUUUGGAAUAUAUGUAUAAGUUUGGGUUUUUAAUUUUAGCCCAAAGAUAUAUUAGGCAAGUGUAACAUUUUUCUACAUGUAACUUUGAAAACUUUAUUUACCUAGAAAACAGAUCCUUCACUAAAUAUUCUCAUUCUUAAUUUGACCUCCAGGUUCACAUUUCUAAG